GAGGACGCGGCGGCUGGCGGGAGAGACAGCUGGGGAGAGACAUGGCAGGGUCGGAGCGCGGCCUGCGCCUCUGUCACUCAGCAUCCCCUUAGGCGUUUCCACGCCCGCCCCCUGCCCGAGGGGCGGGGCUGACGGCUCUGGUACCCGGAGCCGGCGCGCGGGGCAGGGGUGCGCCCCUGCAGAGUGGGGACCCUACUGGGCUGUGCCGUGCUGACCGGAGACCACCGAGGCGGAAGACAGAGCGCGGCGAAGAGCCAUUGAGUGGUCACCCAGUAGCUGCCGCCGCCGCCGCCGCCGCCGCCUCGGGAAGCUUGGCACCCACUAGGAGGGAAGAUGAGGGAGAUUUGCAGGAUCUGUGCCCGAGAGCUGUGUGGAAACCAGCGGCGCUGGAUCUUCCACACGGCGUCCAAGCUCAAUCUCCAGGUUCUGCUUUCGCACGUCUUGGGCAAGGAUGUCCCCCGCGAUGGCAAAGCCGAGUUCGCUUGCAGCAAGUGUGCUUUCAUGCUUGAUCGAAUCUAUCGAUUCGACACGGUUAUUGCCCGGAUUGAAGCGCUUUCUAUUGAGCGCUUGCAAAAGCUGCUACUGGAGAAGGAUCGCCUCAAGUUCUGCAUUGCCAGUAUGUAUCGGAAGAAUAACGAUGACUCUGGCGCGGAGAUCAAGGCGGGGAAUGGGACGGUUGACAUGUCCGUCUUACCCGAUGCGAGAUACUCUGCACUGCUCCAGGAGGACUUCGCCUAUUCCGUCUUUGAGUGCUGGGUGGAGAAUGAGGAUCAGAUCCAGGAGCCACACAGCUGCCAUGGUUCAGAAGGCCCUGGAAACCGACCCAGGAGAUGCCGUGGUUGUGCAGCUUUGCGGGUUGCUGAUGCUGACUAUGAAGCCAUUUGUAAGGUACCUCGAAAGGUGGCCAGAAGUAUCUCCUGUGGCCCUUCUAGCAGGUGGUCGGCCAGCAUUUGCACUGAAGAACCAGCGUUGUCUGAGGUUGGGCCACCCGACUUAGCAAGCACAAAGGUACCCCCAGAUGGAGAAAGCAUGGAGGAAGAGACGCCUGGUUCGUCUGUGGAAUCUUUGGAUGCAAGCGUCCAGGCUAGCCCUCCACAACAGAAAGAUGAGGAGACUGAGAGAAGUGCAAAGGAACUUGGAAAGUGUGACUGUUGUUCAGAUGAUCAGGCUCCGCAGCAUGGGUGUAAUCACAAGCUGGAGUUAGCUCUUAGCAUGAUUAAAGGUCUUGAUUAUAAGCCCAUCCAGAGCCCCCGAGGGAGCAGGCUUCCAGUUCCAGUGAAAUCCAGCCCACCUGGAGCCAAGCCUGGCCCUGGCAUGACAGAUGGAGUUAGUUCCGGUUUCCUUAACAGGUCCUUGAAACCCCUUUACAAGACACCUGUGAGUUACCCCUUGGAGCUUUCAGACCUGCAGGAGCUGUGGGAUGAUCUCUGUGAAGAUUAUUUGCCGCUCCGGGUCCAGCCCAUGACUGAAGAGUUACUCAAACAACAAAAGCUGAAUUCACAUGAGACCACUAUAACUCAGCAGUCUGUAUCUGAUUCCCACUUGGCAGAACUCCAGGAAAAAAUCCAGCAAACAGAGGCCACCAACAAGAUUCUUCAAGAGAAACUUAAUGAAAUGAGCUAUGAACUAAAGUGUGCUCAGGAGUCAUCUCAAAAGCAAGAUGGUACAAUUCAGAACCUCAAGGAAACUCUGAAAAGCAGGGAACAUGAGACUGAGGAGUUGUACCAGGUGAUUGAAGGUCAAAAUGACACAAUGGCAAAGCUUCGAGAAAUGCUGCACCAAAGCCAGCUUGGACAACUUCACAGCUCAGAGGGUACUUCUCCAGCUCAGCAACAGGUAGCUCUGCUUGAUCUUCAGAGUGCUUUAUUCUGCAGCCAGCUUGAAAUACAGAAGCUCCAGAGGGUGGUACGACAGAAAGAGCGCCAAUUGGCUGAUGCCAAACAAUGUGUGCAAUUUGUAGAGGCUGCAGCACACGAGAGUGAACAGCAGAAAGAGGCUUCUUGGAAACAUAACCAGGAAUUGCGAAAAGCCUUGCAGCAGCUACAAGAAGAAUUGCAGAAUAAGAGCCACCAGCUUCGUGCCCGGGAGGCUGAAAAAUACAAUGAGAUUCGAACCCAGGAACAAAACAUCCAGCACCUAAACCAUAGUCUGAGUCACAAGGAGCAGUUGCUUCAGGAAUUUCGAGAGCUCCUACAGUAUCGAGAUAACUCAGACAAAACCCUUGAAGCAAAUGAAAUGUUGCUUGACAAACUUCGCCAGCGAAUACAUGAUAAAGCUGUUGCUCUGGAGCGGGCUAUAGAUGAAAAAUUCUCUGCUGUAGAAGAGAAAGAAAAAGAACUGCGCCAGCUUCGUCUUGCUGUGAGAGAGCGAGAUCAUGACUUAGAGAGACUGCGCGGUGUCCUCUCCUCCAAUGAAGCUACUAUGCAAAGUAUGGAGAGUCUACUGAGGGCCAAAGGCCUGGAAGUGGAACAGUUAUCUACUACCUGUCAAAACCUCCAGUGGCUGAAAGAAGAAAUGGAAACCAAAUUUAGCCAUUGGCAGAAGGAACAAGAGAGUAUCAUUCAGCAGUUACAGACAUCUCUUCAUGAUAGGAACAAAGAAGUGGAGGAUCUUAGUGCAACAUUGCUCUGCAAACUUGGACCAGGGCAGAGUGAGAUAGCAGAGGAGCUGUGCCAACGUCUACAGCGAAAGGAAAGGAUGCUGCAGGACCUUCUAAGUGAUCGAAACAAACAAAUGGUGGAACAUGAAAUGGAGAUUCAAGGCCUGCUUCAGUCUAUGAGCACCAGGGAGCAGGAAAGCCAAGCUGCUGCAGAGAAGAUGGUGCAAGCCUUAAUGGAAAGAAAUUCAGAAUUACAGGCCCUGCGCCAAUAUUUAGGAGGGAGAGACUCCCUGAUGUCCCAAGGACCCAUCUCUAACCAACAAGCUGAAGUUACCCCCACUGGCCGUCUUGGAGAACAGACUGAUCAAGGUUCAAUGCAGAUACCUUCCAGAGAUGAUAGCACUUCAUUGACUGCUAAAGAGGAUGUCAGCAUACCCAGAUCCACUUUAGGAGACUUGGACACAGUUGCAGGGCUGGAAAAAGAACUGAGUAAUGCCAAAGAGGAACUUGAACUCAUGGCUAAAAAAGAAAGAGAAAGUCAGAUGGAACUUUCUGCUCUGCAGUCCAUGAUGGCUGUGCAAGAAGAAGAGCUGCAGGUGCAGGCUGCUGAUAUGGAGUCUCUGUCCAGGAACAUACAGAUUAAAGAAGAUCUCAUAAAGGACCUGCAAAUGCAACUGGUUGAUCCUGAAGACAUACCGGCUAUGGAACGCCUGACCCAGGAAGUCUUACUUCUUCGGGAAAAAAUUGCUUCAGUAGAAUCUCAGGGUCAAGAAAUUUCAGGAAACCGAAGACAACAGUUGCUGCUGAUGCUAGAAGGACUAGUAGAUGAACGGAGUCGGCUCAAUGAGGCCUUACAAGCAGAGAGACAGCUCUAUAGCAGUCUGGUGAAGUUCCAUGCCCAUCCAGAGAGCUCUGAGAGAGACCGAACUCUGCAGGUGGAACUGGAAGGGGCUCAGGUGUUACGCAGUCGGCUAGAAGAAGUUCUUGGAAGAAGCCUGGAGCGCUUAAACAGGCUGGAGACCCUGGCCGCCAUUGGAGGUGCAGCUGCAGGGGAUGACACCGAAGAUGCAAGCACUGAGUUCACUGACAGUAUUGAGGAGGAGGCCGCACACCAUAGUCACCAGCAACUCGUCAAGGUGGCUUUGGAGAAAACUCUGGCAACUGUGGAGACCCAGAACCCAUCUUUUUCCCCUCCUUCCCCAAUGGGAGGGGACAGUAACAGGUGUCUUCAGGAAGAAAUGCUCCACCUGAGGGCUGAGAUCCACCAGCACUUAGAAGAGAAGAGGAAAGCUGAGGAGGAACUGAAGGAGCUAAAGGCUCAAAUUGAGGAAGCAGGAUUCUCCUCAGUGUCCCACAUCAGGAACACCAUGCUGAGCCUUUGCCUUGAGAAUGCAGAGCUGAAAGAGCAGAUGGGAGAAGCAAUGUCUGAUGGAUGGGAGAUCGAGGAAGACAAGGAGAAGGGCGAGGUGAUGGUUGAGACUGUGGUAGCCAAAGAGGGUCUGAGUGAGAGUAGCCUUCAGGCUGAGUUCAGAAAGCUCCAGGGAAAACUGAAGAAUGCCCACAAUAUCAUCAACCUCCUCAAAGAACAACUUGUGCUGAGUAGCAAGGAAGGGAAUAGUAAACUUACUCCAGAGCUCCUUGUGCAUCUGACCAGCACCAUCGACAGAAUAAACACAGAACUGGUUGGUUCUCCUGGGAAGCACCAACACCAAGAGGAGGGGAAUGUGACUGUGAGGCCUUGCCCCAGACCCCAGAGCCUUGACCUUGGGGCUACCUUCACAGUGGACGCCCACCAAUUGGAUAACCAGUCCCAGCCUCGUGACCCUGGGCCUCAGUCAGCGUUUAGCCUACCAGGGUCCACCCAGCACCUGCGCUCCCAGCUGUCACAAUGCAAACAACGCUAUCAAGAUCUCCAGGAGAAGCUGCUGCUAUCAGAAGCCACUGUCUUUGCUCAGGCUAACGAGCUGGAGAAAUACAGAGUUAUGCUUGCAGGUGAAUCCUUGGUGAAGCAGGACAGCAAGCAGGUCCAGGUGGACCUCCAGGACCUGGGCUAUGAGACUUGUGGCCGAAGCGAGAAUGAGGCUGAACGGGAGGAAACCACCAGUCCUGAGUGUGAGGAGCACAACAGCCUCAAGGAAAUGGUCCUGAUGGAGGGGCUGUGCUCUGAGCAGGGGCGCCGGGGCCCAACACUGGCUAGUUCCUCCGAGAGGAAGCCCUUGGAGAACCAGCUAGGGAAGCAGGAAGAGUUCCGGGUAUAUGGAAAGUCAGAAAACAUCUUGGUCCUACGAAAGGACAUCAAAGAUCUGAAGGCCCAGCUGCAGAAUGCCAACAAGGUCAUUCAAAACCUCAAGAGCCGGGUCCGGUCCCUCUCAGUUACAAGUGAUUAUUCAUCUAGUCUGGAAAGACCCCGGAAGCUGAGAGCUGUUGGCACCUUGGAGGGGUUUUCACCUCAUAGUGUCCCUGAUGAGGAUGAGGGGUGGCUGUCUGAUGGCACUGGGGCUUUCUACUCUCCAAGGCUUCAGGCCAAAAAGGACCUGGAGAGUCUCAUCCAGAGAGUAUCCCAGCUGGAGGCCCAGCUCCCAAAAAAUGGACUAGAAGGGAAGCUGGCUGAGGAGCUGAGAUCAGCCUCGUGGCCUGGGAAAUAUGAUUCCCUGAUUCAGGAUCAGGCCCGGGAACUGUCUUACCUACGGCAAAAAAUACGAGAAGGGAGAGGUAUUUGUUAUCUUAUCACCCAGCAUGCAAAAGAUACAGUAAAAUCUUUUGAGGAUCUCCUAAGGAGCAAUGACAUUGACUACUACCUGGGACAGAGCUUCCGGGAGCAACUCGCCCAGGGAAGCCAGCUGACAGAGAGGCUCACCAGCAAACUCAGCACCAAGGAUCAUAAAAGUGAGAAAGAUCAAGCUGGACUUGAGCCAUUGGCCCUCAGGCUCAGCAGGGAGCUGCAGGAGAAGGAGAAAGUGAUUGAAGUCCUGCAGGCCAAACUGGAUGCUCAGUCCCUCACACCCUCUAGCAGCCAUGCCUUGUCUGACUCCCACCGCUCUCCCAGCAGCACCUCUUUCCUGUCUGAUGAGCUGGAAGCCUGCUCUGACAUGGACAUAGCCAGCGAGUACACACACUAUGAAGAGAAGAAAGCUUCUCCCAGUCACUCAGAUUCCAUCCAUCAUUCGAGUCAUUCUGCUGUGUUGUCUUCUAAACCAUCAUCAACCAGUGCAUCUCAGGGGGUUAAGGCCGAAUCCAGCAGUAACCCCAUCAGCUUGCCAACUCCCCAGAAUCCCCCCAAGGAGGCCAACCAGGCCCAUUCAGGCUUUCAUUUUCACUCCAUACCCAAGCUGGCUAGCCUUCCUCAGGCACCAUUGCCCUCAGCUCUAUCCAGCUUCCUGCCUUUCAGCCCCACUGGCCCUUCCCUCCUUGGCUGCUGUGAGACACCGGUGGUCUCCUUGGCUGAGGCUCAGCAGGAGCUACAGAUGCUGCAGAAGCAGUUGGGAGAAAGUGCCAGCACUGUUCCUCCUGCUUCCACAGCUACAUUGCCGAGCAACGACUUGGAAGCUGACUCUUCCCACUACCUCAACUCUGCCCAGCCUCACUCUCCUCCAAGGGGCACCAUAGAACUGGGAAGAAUCCUAGAGCCUGGGUACCUGGGCAGCAGUGGCAAGUGGGACAUGAUGAGGCCUCAGAAAGGGAGUGUAUCUGGGGACCUAUCCUCAGGCUCCUCUGUGUACCAGCUUAACUCCAAACCCACAGGGGCUGACCUGCUGGAAGAGCAUCUUGGUGAAAUCCGGAACCUGCGCCAGCGCCUGGAGGAGUCCAUCUGCAUCAAUGACCGCCUACGGGAGCAACUGGAACACCGGCUGAGCUCUACUGCUCGUGGAAGCGGAUCCACUUCUAACUUCUACAGUCAGGGCCUGGAGUCCAUACCUCAGCUCUGCAAUGAGAACAGAGUCCUCAGGGAAGAAAAUCAAAGACUUCAGGCUCAACUGAGUCAUGUUUCCAGAGAGCACUCCCAGGAAACGGAAAGCCUGAGGGAGGCUCUGCUGUCCUCUCGAUCCCACCUUCAAGAGCUAGAAAAGGAGCUGGAGCACCAGAAGGUGAAAAGGCAGCAGCUUUUGGAAGACUUGAGGGAGAAGCAGCAAGAGGUCUUGCAUUUCAGGGAGGAACGUCUUUCCCUGCAGGAAAACGACUCCAGACUGCAGCACAAGCUGGUUCUCCUGCAGCAACAGUGUGAAGAGAAACAGCAGCUCUUUGAGUCCCUCCAGUCAGAGCUACAAAUCUACGAGGCACUUUAUGGCAAUUCCAAGAAGGGGCUGAAAGCUUACAGCCUGCAUGCCUGUCACCAAAUCCCUUUGAGCAGUGACCUGAGCCACCUGGUGGCAGAGGUACGAGCUCUGAGAGGGCAGCUGGAGCAGAGCAUUCAGGGGAACAAUUGCCUGCGACUGCAGCUGCAACAGCAGCUGGAUAGCGGUGCUGGCAAAGCCAGCCUCAGCCUGUCCUCUGUUAACCAGAACUUCCCAGCCAGCGCUGACCCUGGAAACAAGCAGCUGCUCCUCCAAGAUUCAGCUGUGUCUCCUCCAGUCCGGGAUGUUGGUAUGAAUUCCCCAGCUCUGGUCCUCCCCAGCUCUGCUUCCUCUACUCCUGGCUCAGAAACGGCCAUAAUCAACAGAACAGAUGGCUUGGGUUUGGAUACUUCUCCAGUAAUGAAGACCCCUCCCAAGCUGGAGGGUGAUGCUACUGAUGGCUCCUUUGCCAAUAAGCAUGGCCGCCAUGUCAUUGGCCACAUUGAUGACUACAGUGCCCUAAGACAGCAGAUUGCGGAGGGCAAGCUGCUGGUCAAAAAGAUAGUGUCUCUUGUGAGAUCAGCGUACAGCUUCCCUGGCCUUGAAGCCCAAGGCACAGAGGUGCUAGGCAGCAAAGGCAUUCAUGAGCUUCAGAGCAGCACCAGCGCCCUGCACCAUGCCCUAGAGGAGUCGGCUUCCCUCCUCACCAUGUUCUGGAGAGCGGCCCUGCCAAGCACCCACAUCCCUGUGCUGCCUGGCAAAGUGGGAGAAUCAACAGAAAGGGAACUUCUGCAACUGAGAACCAAAAUAUCCAAACAGGAGCAGCUCCUUCAGAGCACAACUGAGCGUCUGAAGAUGGCCAACCAGCAGAAGGAGAGCAUGGAGCAGUUCAUCGUCAGCCAGCUAACCAGAACACACGAUGUUUUAAAGAAGGCAAGGACUAACUUAGAGGUAAGGAAACUACUGCACCAGUCAGAGGCACCAAGCCUGUCCCCAACCCAUCACCAUCCGUUAGCAGAUCUUGUAGGUGACCCUUGGCCUGCUUUGGCCUUCCAGGAGAAGAUUUGGGGUCCACUUGCAAGACCACAGGUCCUCAGUGAGCUUCCUGCUAGUUUCUGUUCCCAUCACCCUCCCACCCCGUCAGCUCCUGCCCUGUAUCUUGGUUCACUCUCACAUUGUCAUCAUCUCUCCUUUUUACUCCAAUUUUUCUUCUUUGAUGCCAAGUCAGGAGACUGGAGAAAUGCAAUUCAGCUCACUCUUGAAGUCGUUAGACAUGCAGGAGUCUGCCUGUGAAUGAGCUUUUGGUAGAGGGAUCUUGAGGCCAGUUAUGUGUUCUACUCUUCGUGAAAAAGUAAAAGCAAUUUGCAACCUAAUAAACUGAUUUCACUGCACACUCCUGGGUUAAGAACAGCAAUUUGAUUUUGAUAUAUCUUUAAGCAACAUGACAAAAGAGAUCUGUUGGGUCUCAUUGGUCUAAAAGCAAAUUUGUUAAUAACAACUGAACCUUCAGGGAAAAAAUGUUAUAUAUGUACCAGACAUUAUCUACAUUUACUUAAAACACUAAGUGUUAAUCAUUCCCUAGGAAGUGCUUUGAAGAAAAACUUGAGGUAUAUGAAAUGGUUUAAAAAUCAGAAACUAAACCUUUUAACGUGGACUUCAAAGCUUUGUCAUAAGCAAUUCAGCAUAUUCCUAGAAAUGUUUCUAAACCAUAACCUGAGAGAACAUUGAUCUCCAUAGUUGGAGAAAUGACUUGGACCAGUUUAACUUGCUCUUUUUUUAAUUUUUUCACUAAUUCCCUUUUGUUUUUCUCUGAUAAUUCUUCUCUUUUCUGAGCCUCUUUAGAGCAGCACUUACAGGAUUGCCUCUGUAAAGCCUUAUUCCUGUCCCAGAAAAGGUAACCCAAAAAGUCUCUAGUAACCACUAAAAGGUAACCCAAAAAUCUCUAGUAUCCACUGGCUUUCUCCAGUGUGGAAGCUUUCCGCUCCACCUCCCAUAGAUCACUGGAAAGGACCCGAGGCCUCAGUCCUAAUCCCUGGCUUAUCACUAACUGCUGUGUGGCUUUGGCUUGUCCCUUAGUCUCUGUGAGACUGCUGCACCCUCAUCUGUCAAAGAUGGAACUGGACUUAGUUGAGCUCUCAGGUCCCUGUGGACUUGGCCCCUCCACACACUCAUUAUGGCGACUGGACAUAACAGAGGACUUCCCAGCAAAAUGUCCUCUUCUUCCUACAACAGGCUGUUUCUAUAUGUGCAUGUUUCAUGCUAAGCACUUCUUUCUUGGGUGGAGAUGACAAAGGCCUCUUUCUGCUGAGACAAAGUGAUUUGGAGAGUCACCUGGCCCCUGAAGAGGGAGUGGUAGGAUCCAGCCACCCAGUGUGCAGUGAAUUGAAGCAGGGAUCUCAGCACACAGGGAGGUGUGGAGGCUCCCCCUAAUCUCGGGCACCUGUUGCUCCUCCAGACUGCAGCGCAUGCUCUUAGCUCGUCCUCUUAACUGGCUCUCACUGUGCUCCUGGCUUUGGUCACCACGUAGCUCUCACUCCAGCUUCAAGUAGCCAUCAGUAGGGCCUGGCAAUAUACACUGAUUUGGUUUGUUUUAUGUCUGCAGGUGAAAUCCCUAAAGGCUCUGCCGUGUGCUCCAGCCUUGUGACCCUUGCCUUCCAGGAACCAUGCAAGAAGCGCAGCCACCAGAAGUCCUUAAAACAGCAGGAAAGGUGGGCCUGUCCUCCUUUUGUGCAGCUACCUAUCUGCUGAGGAGCGUGUGGGCCUCAUUCCUCCGAGUCCACCGGAGGGUCCAGAAGAGGGAGUCAGACAUGUAUCCUGGUGGAGCUGGGAGAAAGGCAGAAAGCCUUUCUGACAGCUAUGGAAUACCGUUAGCCAAGGUCCACUUGGCCCAGCACUAAGCAAAAGAUGCGUAGUUUGCAUAGAAGGUUUUGUGAUAUUGCCUCUCAACAGCCCCAGAAGCUUGGGAACUGGCAACAGCACAUUUCUUGCCUCAUCAGCUGUCCUGAGAUGGAAAACUCAGUGGAUAUGGGACCCUGAUUCUGAUGAAUGGGGCACGUGGUCCCAAUGCUGGAGCUCCUCUGACAGGUUCUAAAAGCACACUACUGAGCAGCGGUGCCCUGCCGGACACUGCUGGCGGGGGCUCAGUGAGCACUACUCACAGAUGCACACCUGACCCUGUUGGGUUGAGUCAGGCGGGCUUUGAUCUGCGCUGUAGCACCUGCGUUCUUUGAGUUCACAUCAUGCAUGUGGUGACUUCCCAGAUACCAUCUCAGGCUUAACCUAGCACAUCCUAUUUCUUUUCUUCUAUGAUACCCAAAUUGGACUGACCUCACUUCAAAGAUGCUGUCCCAUUUUGUCAUCCUAUCUUACCUCGGGGAAAUUGGGGACUGAUGGCCAGACCAACUCUGUUGAAAUUCUUGCAUAGAGCAAACCUGUGCUCAUUUUUAAGUGGCAUGGGAGAGGCCCCCAGUCUAGUAAAGCCUAGUCUGUGUCUUCACAGUGCUGAUAGAAUGUGUUUGUGUGUAUAAAUGUAUGAUAUAGAUUUAUAUAUGUUGCUAUCUCCAUAUAUUGAAGGCCAACAUAACCGGUGGACAGGGUGGGUGACAGAAAAUGAAAGUCUUUUUGGUGAUUAUUAAAGCAAAAUGUGUAUAAAGAAAUAAAUAGUUUUUCUUUCA